AUGGCUAUCAACACACCGCUGAGCUUCUCACUCCUUUCAUCACUAACUUUCAUUCUUUUGACAAUAUCAAGCCAUGCAUUCUCAAUCGAGGAAGCAAGCAUAUGUGAUCUCCAGCUUGCUUUUAAGCAGAACCAACUCACGUCAAGGAAGCUAGUUGAGUUCUACAUUGGAGAAAUCAAUAGACUGAACCCAAUCCUUAAAGGAGUUAUGGAAACAAAUCCUGAUGCGCUCUUCCAAGCUGAUAAGGCCGACUAUGAGCGUAGGAUUAAGGCACCAGGUUCAUUGGUUGGCUUGCAUGGCAUUCCUAUCCUGCUCAAGGAUAAUAUUGCAACCAAGGAUAAGUUGAACACCACGGCUGGCUCUUUUGCACUGCUUGGAUCAGUCGUGCCUCGUGAUGCAGGCAUCGUGGUGAAGUUAAGGAAAGCUGGAGCUAUAAUUCUUGGAAAGGCUAGCUUGAAUGAGUGGGCUGGUUUCAUGUCAGUAAAAGCUCCUAAUGGCUUUAGUGCAAGAGGUGGCCAAGGAGAGAAUCCUUAUCUUCUGUCAGCAGAUCCUUGUGGAUCAAGUAGUGGGUCAGCAAUAACAGUAGCAGCGAAUUUGGUGACUGUGUCUCAAGGUACUGAGAAUGAUGGCUCCAUCUUAUAUCCAUCAAAUGCUAACUCGGUGGUGGGAAUAAAACCAACAGUUGGUCUCACCAGUCGAGCUGGAGUAAUCCCAGUUUCUCUGAGACAAGACACUGUUGGGACGGUAUCGGAUGCUGUUUAUGUUCUUGACGCCAUUGUAGGAAUUGAUUACCAUGAUCAUGCAACACAAGAAGCAGCGAAGCACAUUCCACACGGUGGCUACAAACAGUUUCUCAAGCGUCAUGCGCUCAAAGGCAAAAGACUUGGAAUCGUAAGGAAUCCGUUCUUGAGUUCAGCCAGUGAAUCUGAGAGUCAAGCUCUUGAGCAUCAUCUCCAAACACUAAGUCAAAGAGGUGCAGUUUUAGUAGACCGCUUGGAAAUAGCCAACAUGGAUACUAUUUCCACUGGGACUGCCGAAGGAACGGCAUUGCUGGCUGAAUUCAAAAUAUCCUUGAAUGCAUACCCGAAAGAGCUGGUGGCUUCCCCAGUCCGAACAUUAGCCGAUGUUAUAGCAUUCAAUCAGAAAUUUGCAGAUGUGGAAAAUAUCAAGGAAUUUGGUCAAGACCUCUUUCUAGCAGCUCAAGCUACAAACGGAAUUGGAAACAGAGAGAAAGCUGCACUGUCAAAUUUAGCAAAACUAACAAGAGAUGGAUUUCAGAAGUUGAUGUGUGAUUACAAUCUAGAUGCAUUGGUAACUCCCGGAGCAGGUAUAGCUCGUGUUCUUGCAAUUGGUGGAUUCCCUGGAAUUAAUGUUCCCGCAGGAUAUGAUGAUUCAGGAGUACCUUUUGGCAUCAACUUUGGAGGACUAAAGGGCUCAGAACCAAAACUGAUUGAGAUUGCAUAUGGCUUUGAGCAAGCAAGUAAAAUAAGAAAGCCUCCCACAUUCAAGGCUUUAAACUUCACAAGAAUGCUUCUUUCGAGUUUAACUGAUGUAUGA